ACAGGCUGAUAAACAAUAAAAUCCAACGAUAUUGGCAAAAGGGCAGAGGGUGCAAAGAAAAGCGAGAGGAUAGGAAAAAACAAGGAGCUCGUGAUGCUGCAAUCCCUGAGAAUCCAGCAUCAAACCCCUGCUGUUAUAACGCAUCCGAUACCAUUAUGCAGAGCUGCAGCGCCGAGUUUGCGGGCAAUAAGAAUGAGAAAGAAUCAAGGGAGUCAAGGGAAUAUGAAUAUGAAUGUGAGCAGAAAUGGGUCACUAAUAAAGUGUAUGGCUAACGAGAGAAGAGUGAAGAUGGUGGCCAAACAGAUACGAAGAGAGCUAUCGGCGAUGCUGAUUUCAGAUAAUGUCUUGCAAUUCGCUGUGCUUCCUGAGGCUGCUUUAGGGGCUGACCGCUAUCUAUCUUGUCUCACUACUAUUAGUGAUGUUGAAGUUUCCUCUGAUUUGCAGGUUGCUAAAGUAUAUGUAUCUGUGUUUGGUGAUGAGAGGGGAAAGGAUGUUGCCAUUUCCGGCCUUAAAUCGAAAGCCAAAUAUGUGCGCACCGAGUUGGGAAGGCGUAUGAAAUUGAGAUUGACCCCGGAGAUCCGGUUUAUUCAAGAUGAAUCGAUAGAGAGGGGAAGCAGGGUCAUUGCAAUAUUAGAUAGGUUAAAAGAUGAGAAGACGGUUGUAGAUAGAGCGGAUGACCGAGACCGGUCCUCUGAUUUGACCAAAGAUGAUAGUAGUUGGGAUGGGGAUGAUCCCGAUGAAGAAGGCAUCAUUUAUGUAAAGUAGUUUGCUCAACUCUUUAAUGACGAGUUUUACAGAUCAUGAACGCAACGGCAUAUCUGUUGGUUAGCAGUUCAUUUUCAGUGAUUUGGCUACAGGUAUUAGGUUUUCUUUAUUAUUCUUUGCUACACAUUUAUGGUUCUUUGUACCUUGUUACAAGAUACUAGGUGUCAAAAUCUCGGUAUACAGCUUGUGAUCUUGUAUGAUCACCUAAGUAGCUGCUCUAUUGUAUGAUGUAUGUUUUGUUUAAUGUAUCAACUUUGGCCUACAAUUGGUGAGCUUCAGAUUUCAGAGUGGUUAACUAUA